UCACACUGCCAAUAAUUACUUAUGAUCAAGCUUUUGUCUUGUUCCAUCUGUUUCAUCGUUACCUCCCAGAUUUCUUACCGACACUGUAAGUGUAGUAUGAGCCAUUCCUUAUAUAUAUACGGGGUAACAUUAUCUUACUCCUCCAUCGCAUGCCCACAGUCAUGGCUUCUGAUGGCCACAAACACCUGCAACUGGAGAUGGGCUACCAAGUAGAAUUGAAGUCAAGAGAUGAUAACCAUGAGAAAAACAAAGAGAAUGGAGCAGCUGUCUUUGGAGGUUUGACUCACCAGACUGAUGCCACAAAAAUGGCAGUGUCAGUCCAGAAAAAGGAGGAGGAUGAAGCGAUCAAACAGCCAGGAGGAUGGAAAACCAUGCCUUAUAUCAUAGGAAAUGAGGUGUGUGAGAAAUUGGCAACGAUAGGUCUUCUGUCAAAUAUUGUGGUAUAUUUAACCUCAAAAUUCAACAUGCCAAACGUUCAGGCUUCUUUUGUUAUCAAUGUAUGGUCAGGGACAACCAACAUGACCCCAUUGCUAGGCGCCUUCCUCUCUGAUUCUUACAUUGGUCGUUACUGGACCAUUGCCUUGGGCUGCAUAGCAUCUCUAAUCGGAAUGAUUCUUCUUACCCUGACAGCCAUAUUUCCUAGCUUGAGACCACCUCCAUGUAAUACUGAGAAAGGGCCCUGUGUGGGUGCAUCGUUAGGUCAAAACGUCUUACUUUACUCCUCCUUUGCAAUGAUGACCAUCGGUGCAGGUGGGAUCAGGCCAUGUUCUAUAGCCUUCGGAGCAGAUCAAUUCGACUACACAAGUGAAAAGGGAAAGAGAAGCAUUCAGAGCUUUUUCAACUGGUACUAUUUUACCUUCACCAUAGCGGUGAUGAUAUCUCUGACAAUCAUUGUGUAUAUUCAGGAUAGUGUAAGCUGGAGUUGGGGAUUGGGUAUUCCCGCUGCUCUAAUGUUCUGCUCUGUGAGCUGCUUCUUCAUUGGUAAAAGGCUUUAUAUUCUUGUCAGUCCCGAAGGAAGCUCUAUCACAAGUUUUGCACAGGUAAUAGUUUGUGCAAUAAGGAAACGCCAUCUACGCUUACCUUCGGAGCAGGCUGGAGCAGAGGAUUUCUACGACCCUCCGAUGAAAGGAAGCCUCAAAUCAAGGAUGGUUCUAACCCACCAGUUCAUGUUUCUGAACAAAGCUGCGUUAAAAACCGAAAAAGACUUGAAAUCAGACGGAUCAGUGGUAGAUCCAUGGAGACUGUGCAGCCUUCAGCAAGUGGAAGAGCUAAAGUCGGUGAUAAGAAUAGCACCCAUAUGGCUAGCCGGCAUAAACAACUUCGUCUGCACGUCUCAGCUCAACACAUUCACUGUAUUACAGGCCCUAACAAUGGACAGACACCUAUGCAAAAAUUUCCGAAUACCAGCCGGUUCAUUCGGAAUCUUCACCAUGCUGGCGCUCACUUUUUUCUUACCAUUCUACGACAGAGUUAUAGUGCCAUUCACGAGGCGAAUGAGCAAAGGAGGAAACGGGAUAAGCCCUCUGCAGAGAGUCGGGGUGGGAUUCUUCAUGUGCAUUAUAUUCAUGGCUUUGGCGGCGGUGAUCGAGACAAAGCGGCGGAACAUGGGAUUGAGCCACGGUUUUAUGGAUAAGCCCAAGGCUGAAAUACCCAUGUCGGCCUUCUAUUUGGUUCCUCAGUAUUCCGUGGCCGGAUUGGCAGAGGCGUUCAGUGCAAUCGGGCUUAUCGAGUUUUUGUACAGUCAGUUCCCGGAAAACAUGAGAAGUGUGGCGGGUGCGCUUUUUUUCCUGAACAUGGGGAUCGGAAAUUAUGUGAGCAGCUUUCUAGUUGGCAUUAUACAUAAUAGCACUGGUGGGCGGCAUGGAGAGAGCUGGCUUGGUCAGAACCUGAAUAAGUCCAGAUUGGAUUACUUUUAUUGGUUGCUUUCAGGUCUUGCAGCUCUGAAUUUGCUUUACUUCCUGCUCUGUGCUCAAUGGUACAGAUACAAAAUUGUGGUCCCUAAUCAAAUCGAAGCAACCUCUGAAAAUUCAAUUGCGAACACCAAAAAAUUUACUCAAGUGUGAUAUGGAACGAGUUUGAUAAUUAUCGGGAUUCUAGAGACACGGUAAAUAAAGCCUGGUACCUCCACGUAAAAACUGUUACUUGUUGUAGAUUAUAUAUAUUUGUUUAUAGGUAUUGCUAUAAAAAUAUAUUUGUGAGCAUGUUUUUAGAUCCAGUUGUUAUUUAUUUGAAGUGUACCUGCCAUUCUAAAUAUAUACUUACAUUUUGUAUU